AUGAGCGCUUCGGUAGCUCAAGAGAAUUAUCUAGGGUCAGCCUCUAAGACCAGCAAGAUCGAAGAGACCGGCCGGAUCAAUCAAAAAGCAGACUCCACGGGCAAAGUCAUGAGCACCCACAAAUUUACAACACUCCAAGAUGCCACCCAACAAUCAGCUGCAAUGUUUCGCACAGAGCUUGGAUCUUCCUCUGAGCAGUUCCUCAGCAGCUGCCAAUCUGUGGAAACAUUCUUUGAUGUUAUUGCAGGGAUACGACUUCACCAGAUGCCCCAUCACAGUUCUCGAUGGGACAAAGUCCUGAAAUGGGCAGAAUUCUUCGCGACGCAAGUUCAGAUUUACUCCGAAAUGGUGUCCCAAUUUGCAGACCACGCAAAUCAAGCGGCACGUAUGAUUUGGGCCAGCUCAUUGUCUCUAAUUAAGCUGGGACCAAAACACAUUUCCAUGCUAGAAAAGUCAUUUGGAGUCUUCUACAGCUGUGGCCUUACACUCGGCUUUUUCCUUCGCCAUCAUGAGCCCUUACGCUCUUCAGAAAAACUUCAGCUUAUUACGGCUGCAUCCUUUGCUGAUCUACUAAAGUUGGUAACGGGCGUAACUAUUGACUACACCCAAAAGCAACUAUAUACUCGCUUUAGUGCACGUGGCUUCGAUGAGCGUUUCAGCCAGACGAUUGCCUCUUUCUUCUCUCAUGGUGAUCGCUUUACUGAUACUAUAUGGGCGACACGCCUGCAGAGCUUAGCGAAGCCCGGUGACAUUUCUGUUGAUCUCGUUCGAGACUUCUUAAUGCCCCAUGAUACGGUUACUCGGCGGCUCGCCGUGACUCGAUUCAUCCGAAGGCCGCGCGCAGACUACACCUGUGAAUGGUUCUCCCGACAUUUAACAGACUUUACCCAAGGCGAUAAAGCGACCCUGCUUGUCACGGGAAAGCCAGCCUCGGGAAAGACGGUCCUAUCUGAAUGGGUCGUUGAGCGACUUCAAUCCUUUCACGGCCGGCGAGCAUCAGAGGUGAUGAUGUACACAAUUGAUCCCGAUUUGAAGACCGAGAACACAUCACUGAAUGUUGUAAAAGGUCUUCUUCUACAAAUGCUGCAAUUGAGUGUAGGGGAUAAUGCGCUUUAUAAGUCGCUAUCUUUGGCCUACAAACUUUCCGUUACAGGCAGUUCUACUUCCCAGGUUGAAAGUGCAUUGUGGAAAGCCCUAGAAGGCGGCCUGCGCAGUGAUCGGAAUCAGGCCAUCAUCGUUGAUGGUAUUGAUGAUCUGAGUGGUGGUGAAACUGCUAGCUUGAAAUUGCUGCAGCAGCUUAACUCUGUCGUUUCAAAACAUAGCAUGACGAAAUGUGUUGUCUUCUCUCGACCAUUUUCUUCAUCCAUCUCCAAGAGCUACGGUCUCUUUUCUAUUGAACCAGAACAUACCUCCCAGGAUAUGCACUACGUCGCAGAAUACUCUUUGCCCACUACCCCGAAUUUUGAGGCGCUGGUUAAGGAGGAUCGUACAAGCCUCAUCUCAACUCUCGUGAAGGGGGCAGCUGGCUCCUUCGGAUGGCUACUACAGGCUCUUGAAAUUCUCAAAGCAGAGAAAACGCCAGAAUCGACCCUCAAAACUGCCAGAACUUUACCGAAGACGUUGCCCAAGCUCAUCGACCUGACCUUGGGGACACUUGAUUUCAAGCAUCGUGAGACAAAGUCAAUCUUGGCAUGGCUUCUUGCCGCUGAAAGGCCACUUCUCGUCGAAGAAGUUCGCCAAUUGAUGGAACUUGACACUUCAACUUGCACCCAUACGCCUCGUUCGACCAGAACCGAGGAUGAGGUUGUUAAUGCCCUUGGCCCGUUCAUUGAUAUUCGAGAUGGGUUCGUACGGUUUCGCCACAAUACCAUCAAGCAAAACCUUCUCGAUCGAGCAAAAGCAGUCACAGAUUAUAAGAACACGGGCCCAUUUCCUUUCAGCAUCGAGGAGGCUCACUACGACUUGACAAUUCGAAGCAUGGCCUACGUCAAGAUUAACUUAACACGCGAUAUGCAGCCAACACUAGAACCGCUGAGCCAUUACAAACUUGACGAGCUCUUCAAUUCAUACGAACUCCUGCAAUAUUCUGCGCGGUACUGGUCGUCGCACUUUGCGGCCUCUCCAAUGCACAAACCGACCACCAAGCACAAAAUUCCGGCCAAUUUCAAGACGUGCUUCCCCCACUCUACUCUGCUGGCCAUGAUUGAAGGUUCAUGCUAUCAGUUCCAAUUCCCAAUCACCGAUGCACUCAAUCACUGUCUCCACACCCUGUCUGUUCGCCGCUCAAUUCUUGCCGAGUCUUCUGAGCCGGUUCUCCAGACUCUUCUCAACCUUGCCCGCACAUCGCAGGUGACACUCAAGCCAACUGAGAUUAACGGGUAUUACUACGAUGCCUGGAAGCUAGCGAUAACCCUCAAGCUGACAACCGUUGCGAUGACUUGUGCUCAUACAUACACUGAGAUGGCCUCCUCCAUCACGGCAACAAAGAAUACGGAGAUCACCACUUGUCGAAUUGAGAUGUUGCAAUAUAUUAUUACAAUUCAGCGAGAAACGGGAGUUCAUGAACGCGAAACCGUUGGCUACUUGGAGCAGCUUGCUACCAUCUACAGUGAGACUGGCGAGACUGAUAAGGCCACUGCGUACUAUAAAGAGAUCUAUGAACUCAACGUUCGGAUCUACGGUCGCAAUGCACCAGAGACUCGCCGUUCCUACCAGAAUUUGACCUCGACGGUUCAAAAGUCCAACAGGACUGAUGAGAUCUAUAACAUCACAAAAAAGGACUACGAUGAGGCUCUCUACACCUUGCCCUCGACGGAUCCCAAGCGCAUCUCUUUGACCUGGGCCAUGAUCGAAUUAUACGAAAAGCGAAAGGACACUCGCAGAUUGGAGGAGACCUUGGUGACCUUAUGGCAAAGCCUAACUAGAGCCACCACCAGGGACACAAAGGUCCAAGAGAGCAAAAUUGAUGUUGCAAUUAGCUAUGUAGAGUUACUCAAGCACCAGAAGCGCACCAGGGAGGCAGAGAAUAUUCUUCGCACUCUCUGGAUCGAUCUCGAGCAAGAGGACGAGUCAACAACAACAAUUACUCGCUUAAAGGUUAUUGGUGAUCAACUACUGAGCGUUGGAGCAGUUGAUACGGCACGCUCGGUAUACGCCAGGCUUUGGGCUUACUAUGUAAAGAUGGGAAUGCAAUCAAGCGCCGAAGCAACCUCCGUCUCCAAUGCACUCAACCAAGUAACUCGGGAAACGACGACUGAAACUUCUUAUGAAGUUAUGACUCGGGUGGAGAUCUUCGAGACCACACUCGCAACAGGAAACACCGAGACAAUCAAUACGACAACUGUGAAGAAUGCUGUGACCUUGGUUGAUAUUUAUUAUCAGCAGGAGAACUGGAAAGAGGUUAUCAGAGUCGGUACCAUCACUCUGGGUAAGUUAUGGCCAGCAUUCAACACCAAGGAGAUCAAGGCUCCGUUGCCAUCAACAUACUACUCAGAGACGAUUGAGAUAAUCAACUGUUUGUCAUUCUCUCACGUCAAGCUUCACCAAAUUGAAGCUGCCGAGUCUAUUUAUCUGAGGGCCUUUUACGCUGUCAUUGCCACCCUUAAUUCUCCAGACGAGCUUCUAGACUCCUCAUCGACAACCCUGAUUGAUUUCUAUCAUACACACGGUAUGCUCGAGAAGACGAUAGUCAUUUAUAGAGAUUUGUCCGAAGAGAUCCAGAGACGUCAUGGCAAGACAAACCCCUUGGCCAUUAGCACGCUUUAUACUUUGGGUGAUAUGUCCAUGCAGUUAAACGACACCAAGGACGCUGAGUUCGCGUACCGUGAGAUCUAUACCAACCUGACUGAAGGAUCCGGCCUAAUUCACAGAGAUGCAAUCAAGGCUUGCCUGGCUCUGUGUACCAUCUAUGAGCAACUACGACAGUACUCGUCCGCCCACAAGGUGUACUCAUCAAUUUGGCAUACAUUCAUCAAGCAUGGAAAGGACUAUGAGCUGCAACCAGCAUUCGCUGAGAAUCUUUAUCAGAAGUAUGUCCGGAUCCUUAAGCAGGACGCUAAGAUGGACUAUGCGACGCUUCACCAGCUUGCUGUUGAUUACCGCAAGGCUUGUGUUAGGUUCUAUGGCACCUCGAGCGAAAUUACACUCAAGGCAACAUUGCAACUCGCCGGGAUCAAAGAGGAGUCUGACCAACACCGUGAAGAGGCUAUCAAUCUGUAUGAAGAAGCCGACCAGAGGUCCAGAGAACUCCCAGAGGGGGAGAUAUCCGAGCCAACCAUGGCGGCAAUCGUGGCAGGCCGGAAGAGGAUUCCACACCUGUACUCGAUCUCCAAACUCUCAACCUCCCCACGAGCACUCACUGUGUACUCGCAGAAAUUGCAGUCUGAACAGUCCAGGGAUGGUUAUGCCCAUCGCGGUGCAUUGAAGUGGCUGAGCCUUCUUUCUAUUGCUCAAGCUAGGCAAGGCAGCAAGGAGUCGUCAUUGAACGCUAUUCAUACCCUUGAAUCCUCCAUUUUUUAUAUUCUCAGAAACGAGAAGAGUUCUCAGCGACUGGCCGACUCGGGCUCUAAGAUUGCUGAGAUCUACUUGAAGGCAGGCCUCAAGCCCGAUGCCGAACAACUUCUGGGACAACUCCGCAGCCAGGCUGUCUUUGGGGUUUCCAAUGUAAAUCAGAAUCUUGGGCUCGCAGAAGGCGAAAGGAUGGAUCCUUCAACGUGGGUCUUCAUCGUCACAUUCGGCGUAACCUUAGCAGGCCGGAAAGAACCCGUCUCUUCUGCUAUGGCCGACUUGAUUAGUGAGCUCUACAUCUAUGAAGAAUAUAAUCGGUCAAUCGCGCAGAAAGCACCUUUCCUGGCGACACUGAGCUCUGGGUCGCGUCUCUUGCAGUUUACCAGAAGUGUCAAUGAUGUCUCGGGCACUGCUAGAGUUGAAACCGAUCUCCUCAGAUACUUCUCCGCCGGUUUAAACGCCCCAAAGACAAUUAACAAUGCCAUUCUCGCAGAGUUCUUACAGCUGGUCCUCGUCGAAAUCCAUAGACAGGAGCCCGACGUUUCUAUUUUGAAGAUCAGCAGUGAGGCCGUCAGUGCAUACCUAGACAAGGGUAGGUUCCAGGAGGCACACGAUCUAAGCUUCUUGCUCGAUCGCUUCCAGCAGUUCCAAGGCGGGUAUAACAGCCUCGAAAAGAUUGAUUUGGGUCUCCAAGUGGCACUUGCUCUUGCCGGCCGUGGCAAGGUAAAGUGCCAAGAUACGAAGAUCCGCACAAUGAUGCUCGAGCUGUCGCAAAGUAUCACGAACCAGAUCAUGAAGACGGUCCGUUCGAGUCAGAUCAACAUCAGCGAUGUUCCUAUCGACCUGCUUAACAACGUCUGCGGCUUACUCGGCGAUUAUCAAAACAUGGAUGACCUAGAGUGGAUCCUCACUGCGCUCUGGCAAUCACGCGACUCACAACCAACUUGGUCAACGUCUACCGUGGUGGGCAUCGGCCGUCGCCUUGUGGAGACGCAAUUCAGCCAUGGGCACCAAGACCAAGCAAUCGCCCUCUGUGAAGACAUUUGCUACAACCUACGGCGCGUAUGGGGCGCCCUCGACGCCACAACGCUCGAGAUGCACAUCCUGCUAUCAUCCUUCCACACUGCAGCUGGCAACUACCGUAAAGCCAUGUUGGUUCACGAGGAAGUGCUUCGCGACACCGUGUCCGACAAGGGCAGCGAGCUGCCUCUAGCAGAAGCAUCCAAGAUCGCGGUCCAGCACCUAGAACUCCUGAAGCGAGCGUACCAAAGACUCGGCGGCUGGGACAAGGAGCCGCAGAUGUAUGUUGACUUGUACCACCAGAUCGCUCACGUCUUCGGCUCCGAGGAUGCCUGGAGAAAGUCCGCGCCGGCGCCCCUGGAGAAGUGGCAGGCGAAGGGUGCGGAUAGUUUGGGCAUCUGGACCAGGCCCCAGAGCUUUGAAUUUAUUAGAACGAGUACCAGGAAGCACUCUAAUCACCUCAGGAGGUCGAGCAGGCCAUGGAACUUCCGGCCGAGUCACGCAUACAGCUCUCAGUCCGUCGCUAUAGCUUCAGGAGGCGGUUAA